UGUGCUUUUGUGGCUGAUUCCUUAAACUCGUUCACGUUGCUGUUGGUCGCGUAUGAGGAAAAUACUAAAAUACAAUACAGAAAAGAAAAGAAAAUCCAACAAAUUUAUACCACAAAACGGAAAGUGUAGUGUCCAGUGAUAAUUGUGGGUGUACAACUAACCCUCAACCGCAGACUUUCAUAAAUGCCAAAUUUUACAAACCGUCGCUUUAAACUCGUCCAAAUACGUUAACCAAUAAAACUUACAAAAAUUAAUUAAGCACCACCGUCAAACUUCUACAAUUUAAUGGCGAAACAUUUUCUUUUGCCAAACAACUCUAAAAGCUGUCCUCAGUAUAAAUGUGUCUGAGAGUCUCUGAAAGUGUGAGAGAGUGCUUAGCUGUGUGUUAGUGCGUGCUUGUAUCUGUGUCUGAGACCAAAAACACCUGUUGAUACCCUCGAUGUGGCUCUCUUGCUGACCGCAUUCCGGCACUUGGCCAACACGUUUCUAGACCACAAUAGUUCUUCGAAGUGCAUUUUGAAUGAAAGCCAAAUCCAUAUUGAGCGCCUGAAGGAAACUUCAAAUAUGAAUACAGGAGAUUAUAAGGAGCAUGCCUCACUGACACAGCAACAGCAACAGCAGACGCAGACGCAGCCGCAACAGCAACAGCAACCAAUUAACAAAUACGAUGCCUUGGAUAGUUCUAGUUCAAAUAAUAAGCUAAAUCAUAAAUACAAUAACGAUAACGAUAAGGAUAGGGAUAAAUCUAAGGACAAGGGUAGGGAAGCAAGCAAAGAUUCAACGCCAGUCAGUGUUGUCGUCAUCGAUGAAUCAUGCCCUACCAAGAACCAACGGCCUGCGACUACAAUCGAGCCCACCACAAGCUCGAGAACUACGACUACAUCAUCCUCCCAACGACGACGACAGUUGCAGUUCCAGAGACAAAAGGAGGCAAAGCUUUAUGACCAACGAGAUGAGGCCACAUCAUCGACGACAACGGCCACGGCCACAACGGCUACAAACGUGAUGGGUGGCGGAGAGCUAGUUAACUGCAUAGCCUACGAUGAUAACACCUUGGUUAUUGAGAGGAAGCCGUCACCAACGUCUCCGGCCACCUCAAGGCGAUAUCUGAAGGCCGAGACGCCGACGCGAGGCAGUCGGAAAUAUAAUCGCAAGUCGGCAGCAGCCAAAAGUGACUUGGAGGUGGUUAUUGUGAGGCCCGAUCAUCAUCAUCAGCAUCGCUCGCCGACGAUAACGCUGCCUGUGCCCAUCAAGACAACAUCAGCAGGAGCGUCUCCAGCCGGAACGUCGCCAUCGGGAGCAGGCACGCCUUCGGUCCUGCAACAAAGUUGCAGUCCGCUUGAGGUCCCUGACGACUCCAGCCAGCCAAGCAGCACCAAUAAGAGACCAAGCAACACUGAACUCGCACUCAGCACAGUCACCAGCCAAAUAGUCAACAAUAGCACCUACAAACUCGACUUUAAGCAGCGCCGCCACAAAAACGGCAACGGGAACGGGAACGGGGAGGCAGCCGGCGGAUCGGGACCAAAUCAGGGGGGCAGUGCCUCGGCGAACGGCAGCAAGCGACGGAAGUCAAGUUGUGCAUCCUGCGCAGGGGCUGGAGGAGGCGCCAGUGCCCCAGGAGAAAGCAGUCAGCGGCUGACGCCGGAGGAGGCUCUUGUUGCGGCAGCUCAAUCGGCGGCAGCGUCGGCAUCUGCGUGGCAGCAACAGCCGCAGAAUAGUGUAACAAGUGCGGGCAGCACAAACAGCAGCUUUAGCAGCGGUGGCCGGGACGAGGACAGCAGCUACAGCGCCGUUGGAGGGGACAGCAGUAGCAGCAAUAGCUGCAACUGCGACAUCACCGGAGAUAACAGCACGUUGCACGGCUUUGGGGUCGGGGACGUAAGCAGUUUCAUUGGGGACGACGACUGCCAGGAGGACGACGACGACGACGAUCCCAACAAUCCGGAUCUCAGCUCGCAGACUCUCCGAACAGCGGCGAUUGUCGCGGCUGUUGCCGCAGCCAAGGAGGACCAGGACCAGUCCUUGGGCGGAGCCGGAGGAAACACCAACACUGACUGUGAGAGCUUUAGCGAGCGCCGCCAGGAUGCAGAUGACGGUGUGCGGAUCGUGCGGGCUAGUGGCAACAAUGAUUCACUCGAGGAUGUCGGCGAAGUGGAUGACAAUGCCGACGUGGUUGUAAGGAAAAAUACGCGCAACCGGCCCUCCAUUAGGAGGACAUGUAGGAUCACCGAGGAGGACGACGACGCUGAAGAAGGACAGUUCUACGAGGACGAAGAGGAGGACGAAGACGAGCCAGAGGGCACAACCAUUGAUAUUGACGAGCAGGAGCAGCUGGCACAGCGGCAGCACCACCAUAACGACGACGACGACGAAGAGCGGGACGGCGAAAUUGAAGGUGACGAGGACGACGACGACGUCGACGAGUACUACGAGGAGGAGGAGGACGACACCCAGGCCUUCUCCCCAUUCUAUUCCAGCUCUGCAGAGCUGAUUGACAAUUUCGGAGGCGGUGCCGGCAAAUUCUUCAACAUCAUGGACUUUGAGCGUGGCGCUUCCGGUGGCGGCUACACGCCGAACGGCAAUGGCGGAGCCGCCGGCGGCGGCGAUGCCUCUCACUCGGCGAGGUACGAUGGCGCCGAAACGGAUCUCGGAGGCGGCAACACCAUUAUGGGCAUUGACGCCAUGGGCAUUGCAAACAUUCCGGAAACCAUGAACGGCACAACAAUCGGACCCAGCGGCGCUGGUGGCCAAAAAGCUAAUGCCGCUGCCGCCGGCCAGAAGAGGCCACAGCGCCGUGGCAAGCCGCAGCCAGAUCGGCCGCAGAGAGCGCUCUUCUGCCUAAGCCUGAAGAAUCCACUGCGAGCCAUGUGCAUACGCAUUGUAGAGUGGAAACCAUUUGAGUUCCUUAUUUUGUUAACAAUUUUUGCCAACUGUGUUGCCUUGGCCGUUUACACGCCUUAUCCGGGCAGCGAUUCGAAUGUGACGAAUCAAACCUUGGAAAAAGUUGAAUAUGUAUUCCUAGUUAUAUUCACAGCGGAAUGUGUUAUGAAAAUUGUAGCAUAUGGUUUUAUGUUACAUAAUGGUGCAUAUCUAAGAAAUGGAUGGAAUUUAUUAGAUUUUACAAUUGUAGUUAUAGGAGCGAUAAGUACGGCACUCUCCCAUUUGAUGAAGGAUGCUUUCGACGUGAAGGCAUUGCGUGCCUUUCGUGUGCUGCGUCCGUUGCGACUCGUAUCGGGUGUACCAAGUCUGCAGGUUGUGCUAAAUUCAAUUUUGAAGGCCAUGGUGCCCCUGUUUCACAUUGCACUCCUGGUCAUAUUCGUGAUAAUAAUCUACGCGAUCAUUGGCCUCGAGUUGUUCUCCGGUAAAUUGCACAAGGCGUGUCGCGAUGAGAUCACAGGUGAAUACGAGGAGGAAAUCCGGCCCUGCGGAGUGGGCUAUACGUGUCCGGAGGGCAUGAAGUGCUACGGUGGCUGGGACGGACCCAACCAGGGCAUUACCAAUUUUGACAACUUUGGUCUGGCCAUGUUGACGGUGUUCCAGUGCGUCACCCUCGAGGGUUGGACUGAUGUUCUCUACAGCAUCCAAGACUCCAUGGGCAGUGACUGGCAGUGGAUGUACUUCAUUUCCAUGGUCAUUCUGGGUGCGUUCUUUGUGAUGAACCUGAUUCUUGGUGUGUUGUCUGGUGAGUUCUCCAAGGAGCGUAACAAGGCAAAGAACCGCGGUGACUUCCAAAAGCUACGCGAGAAGCAGCAGAUCGAGGAGGAUCUUCGUGGCUACCUCGACUGGAUCACCCAGGCCGAAGAUAUCGAGCCCGAUGCUGUGGGCGGCCUUAUAGCCGAUGGCAAGGUGAAGCAGGCGAACGAAAUGGAUUCCACUGAGAAUCUGGGAGAGGAAAUGCCCGAAGUCCAGAUGACUGAGUCCCGAUGGCGCAAAAUGAAAAAGGACUUCGACCGUGUCAACAGACGAAUGCGUCGGGCCUGUCGCAAAGCCGUCAAAUCUCAAGCCUUCUAUUGGCUAAUCAUUGUCCUGGUGUUCCUCAACACUGGCGUCCUGGCCACGGAGCAUUAUCAGCAAAUGGAUUGGUUGGACAACUUUCAAGAGUACACAAACGUUGUCUUCAUUGGCCUCUUCACCUGCGAAAUGCUACUGAAAAUGUACAGUCUGGGAUUUCAGGGCUACUUCGUUUCGCUGUUCAAUCGCUUCGACUGCUUUGUUGUGAUUGGCAGCAUUUCGGAGACCCUGCUUACAAACACGGGAAUGAUGCCACCUUUGGGCGUAUCCGUGCUGCGUUGUGUCCGUCUCCUGCGUGUCUUUAAAGUAACCAAAUACUGGCGGUCUCUAUCAAAUCUCGUUGCUUCCUUAUUGAACUCGAUACAAUCAAUUGCUUCUCUCCUGUUACUGCUCUUCCUGUUUAUUGUGAUAUUUGCAUUGCUUGGCAUGCAAGUUUUUGGCGGUAAAUUUAAUUUUGACGGAAAAGAGGAGAAGUAUCGAAUGAAUUUCGACUGCUUUUGGCAGAGUCUGCUCACAGUCUUUCAGAUCAUGACUGGUGAGGAUUGGAAUGCCGUGAUGUAUGUAGGCAUUAAUGCCUACGGCGGUGUCUCCUCCUAUGGUGCCUUGGCCUGCGUUUACUUUAUCAUCUUGUUUAUAUGCGGUAACUAUAUUUUGCUGAACGUGUUCUUGGCCAUUGCUGUAGAUAAUUUGGCCGAUGCCGACUCGUUAUCCGAGGUGGAAAAAGAGGAGGAGCCUCAUGAUGAUCCAGCUCUGAAGAAAUCCCACAGUCCCACUCCGACCAUUGAUGGCGAGGAUGAUGAGCAUCUAAGCAUUGAUAUAGAUAUGGAACAUAACGAAAUGGAUGAAGAUAAAAUGGACCACGAAACACUCUCUGAUGAUGAAGUACGUGAAAUGUGCGAGGAGGAGGAGGAAGAAGACUCCCAUUCCGAAGUAUCAGCACAUGUUACUGCACGACCCCGACGUUUAUCCGAAGUCAGCAUGAAGAAGACUAAAAAGCCCAUGCCGCGUGGUAGUGCAUUUUUCAUUUUCAGCCACACAAACAGAUUUCGUGUCUUCUGCCACUGGCUCUGUAACCACAGCAAUUUCGGCAACAUUAUCCUAUGUUGCAUCAUGUUCUCCUCAGCCAUGUUGGCCGCAGAGAACCCCCUAAGGGCGAACGACGACCUGAACAAAGUACUCAAUAAAUUUGAUUAUUUUUUCACGGCAGUUUUCACAAUAGAACUGAUUCUGAAAUUGAUUUCAUACGGCUUCGUGUUACACGACGGAGCCUUUUGCAGAUCCGCAUUUAAUCUUUUAGAUUUACUUGUGGUCUGUGUCUCAUUGAUAUCCCUAGUGUCCAGUUCGAAUGCGAUCUCAGUCGUGAAAAUUCUCCGUGUGCUCCGUGUUCUAAGGCCACUCAGAGCCAUUAAUCGUGCCAAAGGUCUCAAGCAUGUUGUUCAGUGUGUCAUAGUCGCAGUUAAGACUAUCGGAAAUAUUGUGCUCGUCACAUGCCUACUGCAAUUCAUGUUUGCCGUGAUAGGAGUCCAGUUGUUUAAGGGUAAAUUUUUCAAAUGUUCUGAUGGCUCCAAAAUGACGCAAGAGGAAUGCUUUGGCACUUAUCUGGUCUAUGACGAUGGGGAUGUCCACAAGCCGCGUCUCAAGGAACGUGAAUGGACCAACAAUCGAUUUCAUUUCGACGAUGUGGCCAAGGGAAUGUUGACUCUCUUCACAGUAUCCACAUUCGAGGGUUGGCCAGGCUUACUAUAUGUCUCGAUUGAUUCGAAUCAGGAAGACGGUGGUCCAAUACACAAUUUCCGUCCAAUUGUAGCUGCCUACUAUAUAAUCUAUAUUAUCAUAAUUGCCUUCUUUAUGGUGAACAUAUUUGUCGGUUUCGUUAUUGUCACUUUCCAAAAUGAGGGUGAACAGGAAUACAAGAACUGUGAUCUGGACAAGAACCAGCGUAAUUGUAUAGAAUUCGCACUGAAGGCAAAACCCGUGCGUCGCUAUAUACCAAAGCACGGGAUACAAUAUAAGGUCUGGUGGUUCGUGACAUCUUCGUCGUUUGAGUACACCAUAUUUAUACUGAUCAUGAUAAAUACCGUCACACUGGCCAUGAAAUUCUAUAAUCAACCACUAUGGUAUACGGAACUUUUGGACGCCUUAAACAUGAUCUUUACUGCAGUUUUUGCACUGGAAUUCGUCUUCAAAUUGGCCGCUUUUCGAUUUAAAAAUUACUUCGGCGAUGCGUGGAACGUUUUUGAUUUCAUUAUCGUUUUGGGCAGUUUCAUCGAUAUCGUUUACUCCGAAAUCAAGAGCAAAGACACUUCUCAAGCGGCUUGUGAUAUUGUCGAGGGUUGUAAGUCCAAGGCUAAGGCAGCGGGUUCCAAUUUGAUUUCCAUCAACUUCUUCCGCCUGUUUCGUGUGAUGCGCCUGGUUAAGCUUCUCAGCAAGGGCGAAGGUAUUCGAACGUUGCUCUGGACCUUCAUUAAAUCAUUUCAAGCACUGCCCUACGUAGCCCUGCUUAUUGUACUGCUCUUCUUUAUCUAUGCGGUUGUGGGAAUGCAGGUUUUUGGUAAAAUUGCUUUGGAUGGUGGGAAUUCCAUUUCGCACAACAACAACUUCCAGACGUUUCAACAGGCGGUUCUCGUGCUGUUCCGUUCGGCCACUGGCGAGGCCUGGCAGGAUAUCAUGAUGUCCUGUUCGGCGCAGCCGGACGUUAAGUGUGACAUGAACUCAGAUACGCCUGGAGAACAAUGUGGCUCAUCCAUAGCCUAUCCCUACUUUAUAUCCUUCUAUGUGCUCUGCUCAUUCUUGAUCAUCAAUCUGUUCGUGGCCGUCAUUAUGGAUAACUUUGAUUAUCUCACACGAGAUUGGUCCAUUCUGGGCCCCCAUCACUUGGACGAGUUCAUUCGCCUGUGGAGCGAGUACGAUCCGGAUGCCAAGGGUCGGAUCAAGCAUCUUGAUGUUGUCACAUUGCUGCGAAAGAUCUCCCCGCCGCUGGGCUUUGGCAAGCUCUGUCCACACCGCAUGGCCUGCAAGCGUCUGGUGUCCAUGAACAUGCCCCUUAAUUCUGACGGCACAGUUCUCUUCAACGCCACCCUCUUCGCGGUCGUUCGCACCUCGUUAAGCAUCAAGACUGAGGGCAACAUCGAUGACUGCAAUUCGGAGCUGCGAGCCACCAUCAAACAGAUCUGGAAGCGGACAAAUCCAAAGCUAUUGGAUCAGGUGGUUCCUCCGCCGGGCAACGAUGAUGAGGUGACGGUGGGCAAGUUCUAUGCCACGUAUCUGAUACAGGACUACUUCCGGCGCUUCAAGAAGCGCAAAGAACAGGAGGGCAAGGAGGGCCAUCCAGACAACAAUACGGUCACUCUGCAGGCUGGUCUGCGUACCCUGCACGAAGUGUCGCCUGCCCUCAAGCGUGCCAUCUCCGGCAACCUGGAUGAGCUGGCCGAAGAGCCUGAGCCAAUGCAUCGCCGCCACCACACGCUUUUCGGCAGCGUGUGGUCCUCUAUUCGCCGACAUGGCAAUGGAACCUUCCGCCGCAGUGCCAAGGCCACGCAGAGCAACGGAGCCCUGACGAUCGGUGGCUCCGCUUCGGCGGCCGUAGGCGUGGGCGGCAGCACCUUGGUGCUCGGCUCCGAUCCAUCCGGCGGGGACUAUCUGUACGACAGCCUGAACCGGAGCGUGGCUGACGGGGUAAACCACAUCACACGGAAUAUCAUGCAAGCCCGCAUGGCGGCCGCCGGAAAACUCCAAGACGAGCUGCACGGCGCGAGCAGUGGGGGAGAGCUGCGCACCUUCGGCGAGAGUAUCUCGAUGCGGCCCCUGGCCAAGAACGGGGCUGGAGCUGGAGCUGGAGGCAUGGGCAUGGGAGCGGCCACAGUGGCCGGCACCCUGCCACCCGAAGCAAAUGCGAUUUCUUAUGACAACCGCAAUCGUGGUAUUUUAUUGCAUCCAUAUAACAAUGGUAAGCCUAAAAUGCUGCAAAUUGCAAUAAUAAAAUUAAAUCAAACAACCAAAAAACAUAACAAAAAACCACAGCAGCAUCUACAAAGCAACAAUUCAAUUGCACAACAAUUUAUUAACCCACCUUUUGUUAAUGCGUUCUUUCUUAUACUUUUUCCCUCUAUUCAUUGGACGAAAUCCUGGUAUUAAUUCCGACAAAAUUUGUUUCUUGGCUUUUUCCUCCCACAAAUUCGACAAAGACAGUCAAAGAAGAAACAAAUUUAUUUGAACUCCUCGUUAAUUAUUUUGUAAUUCAUAAUUUAGUUUUGUAUAGCCCAUUUCGUAGCAGCUGCAUUCCAUUAUAACACAUUGCAAAUCAAAUUAUGUACAGUCUCUUGCCCACUGAAUUCUAAGAUUUGUUACUGCCUGCGGCAUGCAAAAUGUUACAAAUAAUAUCAAUCAAAUGCAACAUCAUAAAAUAACCGGAAAAGACUGCCAAGCAACUGUUUCGUUUUCAGUGUGCUCGUACUAAGUAUUUUCUUGGCUGUUUGUUCAUCGCAAACAAAAAACUAAUGCAUUAAAAUCUAUCGAGAAAUGUCUCCUCAUAACACUUGUAGUACACAUGAAUAGAUUUAUACGCAGACGCGCCUAUAUAUAUAUAUAUAUACAAAUUAAUGAUCGUAGUUAAAAGUUGUAGUUUAGUUACACAUAUUUAGGCGCAGCUUACUCUUACAGAUAAAAAGUAGAAACGCUUUCGCUGCUCCUCAUAAUGUAAAUUGGGACAAAACAUAGCUAAAAUCCAGAAUAAUACACAAGACAACAUUUUAACACAUUUGCAUAUGAUCCAUAUAUAUUCGAGAAUUGGUUUUAAUUGCAGGCCCACUCACAUACAGGUAAUUUUGCCACAAAUAUGGAAUAUUUAUUGAAUAAUAGACCCAACUAAAAUGGGUAUCUGAAGCAUACGAUUUUGUCUGAGGCUCUUAAUAAUUUAUAUAUAAUUUAAAGAUAUUCAUUGUCCUGCGGUGGGUAAAAAGUGAAGCAUUAGAAAUACAGCCUAUACAUUUAUUUGCUAAAAUGAAACAUUUUAUUUUAGAUUCAAAACCUUUUUUAUUUCAACUCAGGAACUAUCUUUAGGGAAAUUUUAAGUAAUCAAUAUAUGAAGAUAAGAAUAAUAAGAAGCUGUAUUUAAAAAGAAAUCUUUAAAUUAAUUGAAGAAGUCGAAUAUUUCCUCUUCCUAGUUCCUCUCCUGGAUUUUAAACACCACACACAUUCUCAGUACUAAAAUGUAAUCCUUUUAAAAAGUUUAACACACUUAACCGAAUAGUAUGUGGCUCCUUUUGUUGAUUACAAACUAACGAAUAUGAUUGAGAAAUUCAGCGAAAUUUAUUGACAAAUUAACUCAUCGAAACCCAUUGCCAUGAUCAAAAUGAAGACAAAAACAAAAAACCAAAACGAACAAAACGUGAAAAACUAUCAUUAUCAAUCAAUUCAGUUAAUUCUGUUCGUUGAAGUAAUUCGUUUUUGUAUAACUCUUUCUUAUACAAAUCUUUAUUAUAGCAUAAGUGAUUCGAGUUUAAAAACCACCGAGUGCUGAGCUUCGAACACUGCGAUAUACUUGCUGGAUGAGUUUCCGAAGAGUUCGAAGCGAAAAAAAAAAAAAAAAAAA